AUGUUAAAGAUACAAGGGAAGGUUGAUAGCUAAAGGCUAUUCACAAUCUUAUGGAAUUGAUUAUUUUGAGACGUUUGCUCUUGUUGCAAAGUUGAAUGCCAUCUGGAUGUUUACAGCAUUGGUAGUAAAUCUAGGAUAGGAAAUGCAUCAAUUUGAUGUGAAGUAUGCAUUUCUUCGCAGAAAUUUGGAGGAAGAAGUAGAUAUGCAUAUACCUCCUGGUUACACAUUUACCCAUUGAAAUAAUGUUGUUUGCAGGUUGAAGAAAUCGCUAUAUGGCUUAAAACAAUCACCCCGAGCCUGGUUUGGGAGAUUCACUCAAGCUAUGAAAGGAUUUGAGUAUAUACAAAGCAAUGGAUAUCACACUCUCUUCAUUAAGCAUGGUGACCGAAACAAGGUUACAGCCUUAAUUGUGUAUGUAGAUGAUAUCAUCAUAACAGGAGAUGAUACUGAGGAGAUUAAAUGUCUGGCCAAAAUCUAUCUAGAGAAUUUGAGAUCAAAUCUGUAGGAAGGUUAAAAUAUUUCUUGGGAAUUGAGGUUGUGUUCAAAAGGCGGUGUAUUUCUUUCACAACAUAAGUAUAUUCUUGAUUUACUUCAAGAGACUAGAAAAUUAGAGUGUAAACCUGCUGACACUCCAAUUGAUCCCAACUUAAAUUUGGGAGAAGGUAAAAACUCUGAUCAGGUGGACAAAAGCUCAUAUCAACGGUUGACUGGGAGGUUGAUAUAUCUAAAUCAUGCUGCCCGGAUAUAACAUUUGCAGUGAAUGUACUUAGUCAGCAUAUGAAUGAUCUAAGGGAGAUACACCUACAUGCAGCAUAUUGAGUGUUGACAUAUCUAAAGACAACAACAGAAUAGGACAUUCUAUUAAAAAAAAGGAGGGAAUCAAUCUGUUGAAAUCUACACUGAUGCUGAUUAUGCAGGAUCUGUUAUAGAUCGCAGAUCAACAUCGGGCUAUUGUACAUUUGUUUGUGAAAAUCUUGUGACCUGGAGAAGCAAAAAGCAAAAAAUAGUUGCACGAUCUAGUGCUGAAUCAGAAUUCAAGGCAUUGGCCCAAGGGAUAUGUGAAGGCUUAUGGCUUCGAGGUUUGCUGGACGAAUUGAGAGUCAACCAAUCAAAUCAUAUUAAAUUGUUUUGUGACAACAAGUCAGCAAUAUUUAUUGCCCGAAAUCCUGUACAACAUGACAUGACUAAACAUAUUGAAGUGGAUCGACAUUUUAUCAAAUAA